CCUGUGUGUAGUAACCCAGAGCAGUAGAGCUCUCAGCUAGACAUGGCGGCGGAUCCUAAGCCGGACUGGCUCUCCUGCCUUCCCUCUUCUUGGAGUUAUGGGGUGACUCGGGAUGGACGCAUAUUCUUCAUCAACGAAGAAGCAAAGAGUACAACCUGGUUGCAUCCUGUUACUGGAGAGGCUGUAAUCACGGGGCACAGAAAAACUCCAGAUUUACCAACAGGAUGGGAGGAAGGAUACACAUUCGAGGGAGCUCGCUGCUUCAUCAAUCACAAUGAGCGAAAGGUGACCUGUAAGCACCCGGUGUCAGGCAUCCCCUCCCAGGACAACUGCAUCUUUGUCGUAAAUGAACACAUGAAUUGUGGAAAGCUUGUCCACCCUGACAAGCCCCUAGAGGCUCUCUCCAGGCCAGCUCCUAAGGCUUCAUCAGAGCAGGGCAGCAGCAGUGACAAGAAGGAACGUCCCAUGAGCACCAUGAGCGAGGCAUCGAACUACACAGGGGGGUCAGACUACAGCACCUUCCCCGGCAGCCCAGCCACCACCGUCACUACCGCCACCACGACGUCCACUUCAUCUACACGGCCCUCUAGAUCUUCCAAAAAAGUUCACAACUUUGGAAAGAGGUCCAACUCCAUCAAGAGGAACCCCAAUGCCCCUGUGGUCAAGAGCAACUGGCUUUACAAACAGGACAGCACAGGCAUGAAGCUGUGGAAGAAGAGGUGGUUUGUUCUGUCCGACAUGUGCCUCUUCUACUACCGCGAUGAGAAAGAGGAUAGCAUCCUGGGAAGUAUCCUGUUGCCCAGCUUUCACAUCUCCAUGUUGUCGGUGGAUGACCACAUCAGCAGGAAAUACGCCUUCAAGGCCACCCACCCCAACAUGCGGACGUAUUAUUUCUGCACUGACACAGCCAAAGAGAUGGAGUGCUGGAUGAAAGUCAUGACUGAUGCUGCCCUUGUCCACUCUGAACCAGUCAGAAGACUAGACAAGUUGAAAGUGGACCAGCGGACUUCUCAGGAGCUGAACAACUUACUAAACCACAGAGUCCUAACCCGGCCCGAGAUCCAGAACAAUGAACGCAACCGUGAGCCUGUGCGACAACACUCCCUAUCUCGAGCUGACGACAAACGGCAAAAAGACGCUGAGAAACACAACGGCCAGAGGGAGCGUGAGUACUACACCUUGCAGAGAGAUGGGGAGAGGUACUCUCUGAAGAAAGAUGGUGUGAGCUACACGCUUCAGAAGGACGGGGAGAGGUAUCUCCUCCACAAGGAUGGAGAGAAGUACCUGCUGCGAAAGGACGGGGAGAAACCCUUACUCCAGAAAGACGGAGAGGUGUGCGCCAUUCACAGGGAUCUGGAGAAGUACGCUGUUCAAAAAGUGGAUGAAAAGUACACAGUGACAGUGACAGAGAACAAAUACGCUCCGUCUAAAGAUGGAGAGAAGUACCUGCUCACAAAGGAUGGAGAAAGAUAUGCACUGCAGAAAGUCGGGGAGAGGCACACGCUCCAGAAAGAAGUACAGAAAUACGUUCCUCAGAAAGAAGUGAAGAGACAGCUGUCGUUAAAGGAGACAGAGAGAUACGGCACAAUGAGGGAGACUGAGAAUAAAUAUGGUACCAUACAAGUUGUGGACAAAUACGGCACUGUGAAGGAAGUGAAGAAAUACAGUACGCUACGUGAAGGUGAUAAAUACGCUCUCAGAGAUGUAGAGAAGUACGCUACGGUCCAUGGCGGGGACAAAUAUGGCUUCCAGAGAGACCUGAGUGCAGAGAGGUCGCUGACUAAAAUCAGCAGCAUCAAGCUGCAGCCAGCUCAGGCCGCUGCCAUCGCAGCUGCAGUGUCUGCAUCUCGCCAGGGUCAGGCCAACCUCAACCUCCAAAAGCCUGCGCAGGUCAACGGCUCGGGGUCCGCGGUAGUGGAGAAGACUGAGGACUGCAGCCCAGCAGAGGUGGAUGCCAGCCUGGCUGGAGGUCUUGGAAGGUCCCCUGCUCCUCCAGUGCAGGAGCCAGAGAGGGGCCUGUCCAGAACCAACUCCAUGCAGCAGCUGGAGCACUGGGUCCGCACACACAGGACGAGAGGACCGGACGAUGACACCAGGAGUGUUACGUCCUACCAGACCUUGCCCAGGAACAUGCCCAGCCACCGCGCUCAGAUUGUGCCCCGCUACCCAGAGGGCUACCGCACUCUGCCCCGCAACAGCAUGAUGAGGCCCGACAGCAUCUGCAGUGUGGCGGGUUCUGUCUACGACCGAGCCCUCCGCCCCGCCUCCACCACCACCACCACCGUUACCACGGCGGAGAAGAGGAGGUCGAUGAGGGACGACACCAUGUGGCAGCUGUAUGAGUGGCAGCAGAGGCAGGCCUUCUCCAGGCAAAGUCUGGCUCAGCCUACAGCUGUGGGUCACUACGGCACCCUGCCCAGCACAAAAACCAUGGGCAACAUCUCUGAACACACCGUGGCGCACUCCAUCCCCACCUCGCCGUCUCACGGCUCCCUGGCUCUCUACAGCACCUUCUCCCCUCCUCGCCAGCAGGUGGCUCACAACCCCAACAGCUCCCACUCUGAGGUCUCCUCCCCCGUCUUCAGGGGGGAUGUGACACUGGACCAUCGGCACAAGGCACACCUAGCAAAGGCUGUUGAGCUCUGCCUGCUGCCGGCGGAGCUUGAUCAGCAGCAGGGUCAGCUCCUCCGGCUGCACAGAGCAACACACAGAGGAGAGAAGAAGAGCCACACUAACGACAUCAACAACACCACCCGCAACGGCGGAGGCCGUGUGGCCUGGCCGGCGCGGAAGUGGGGCCGUGGCCUGCUUCCACUGCUGUCAGGAGAGUCCCAGACUGCCAGCGCUCGGCCUGCCAGCUUCUUCUCCGGGGGGAGUUUUCGAAACAUCAAAAGAGCCAUCCUGGACAGGAUGGGUUUUUCCCUUGAGGAUCACCGCCGCCGGUUCCGGUCCGCCGCCCUGGGACCCUCCGACCGUCCUUUUGUCUAUACGCAGCAGCUGAAGGACGCUGCACCAGGCCGCUGUCUACCCUCUGCCGAGGAUCACCUGGCCGUCCACGAUGGGGACCGGGCUCGAGAGGCGGCCCUCUCACCCAACCCGACCCGUGCCGGCGCCUCGGCAGAAGAACCCCACCCCCACUUACCCCGUCUGAAACUUUUGCCCCGGCUCUCUGCCCGCGGCAUUAACCGAGCCCCUCUGCUUUCUCUCCUUUCCCAGGGUUCCAGCCACUACGGGUGCAGCUCUCCGAGCCCACCAGAGGGUUCCUCGGACCGUCAGGGCAGGAGUGUUGGCGGUGCGGGCAGUCCCGGACAUUUUCCGCAGGGAAGUGCCUCUCAUGGGGUCGGACAGGUGAUCCGGGUUCUGGCCCCCCACCAACACCCUCCCCGCCGGUCCAGGAGGGACAUAAGCGUCCCCGUUCCCUUCCUCUGUCCUCUCCCUCCGUCUCUGCCAAACAUGGCAUCUCUUUUCCUGCUUCUUCUCUUCCUUCUCCUGCGGCUCCUGCAGACUGAUGUUCUUUCCCAUCACCUCCAGAGGAACCUUAUUUACCUGGACAGCCAGACGAAGGAAAAUGAGCCUCUAAUCUUCAUGAUUCACACUAUGAUCGAGAACUCUGCACCGAGGCCGCAACUCUACCAGCAAAUCAGCCCAGACGACUACAAAGACGGCUCCUUUGUCCAGCGCACAGAGGAGGCCGACAUAGACACCAAGCUGAGCAGGCUAUGUGAGCAGGACAAGGCGGUGAGGAUGCAGGAGGAGAAACUGCAGCAGCUACACAGAGAGAAGCACACGCUGGAGACAGCCCUGCUGUCCGCCAGUCAGGAGCUGAGUGAACAGAGCGGCUCCAACGCUGCGGCUGUACAGAGCCUGGUCCAGCAGAGAGACGUGCUGCAGAACGGCCUGCUUAGCACCUGCAGAGAGCUGUCCAGAGUCAGCACUGAGUUGGAGCGCUCCUGGAGGGAGUAUGACAGGUUGGGGGCGGAUGUCACUCUGGCCAAGUCCAACCUGCUGGAGCAGCUGGAGGCCCUGGGCAGCCCACAGACAGAGCCUCCAAGCCAGCGACACAUCCAGAUCCAGAAGGAGCUGUGGAGGAUCCAGGACGUGAUGGAGGCUCUGGCCAAAAACAAACCACAGCGGAGCACAGACAGCACUACGACUCAUCAGAGCGCCCCCCUCACGUGCCCCCCCACCACUCGCACCCUAGCGUCCGCCUGCCUUCCCAUGCGCACCGCCCCGAGGACCGCAAGGCCAGCUCCAGGAACGGAGCACACAGUCAAGCUCCGGACUACCGGCUGUAUAAGAGUGAGCCUGAGCUGACCACAGUGAAGGAGGAAGUGGACGAGGCUAAUGGGGAGGACAAGGACAAGACGGAGACCUCUGCUGAGAGUAAAGAUGUUGCAGCCUCAAAAGCGCCCCCCUGCCCGGUGGGCAUCGUCCCUCCCAGGACCAAAUCUCCCAUGAGCCCUCCCGAGUCCUCCACCAUCGCCUCCUACGUCACCCUGAGGAAGACUAAGAAGCCUGAAUCCAGAUCAGACCGCCCCAGGAGUGCGGUGGAUCAGACGGGUUUUGGGGAGCGAGAGGUGGGCAGAACGAGGAUGAGCGUGGAGGAGCAGCUGGAGAGGAUGAGGAGAAACCAGCAGGCCUCGUCACUCCGAGAGAAGAAGAGAGAAACCCCGUCCCGUUCGCCCUCCUUCAACAAAGAAUUUGUUAUCCUGCAGACGUUCACCUUGGUGAGCAGCGACACGUGAGCGACGUCGACCUCCACAUGCACACCGGCGUCCCGUAAAAAGCCCAAAUGUAGCCAAGCCUGCACCGAGCAUGCUCCACGGCUUCCUGCGUUUACAACUUUGAUACUACUGUUACAUGCCCGCGAGGAGACUGAGAGGACGGCAGCCCUGCUGAGAGCACAGAUGGACUGCCAUCACAUCCAGACACAGAGACAGGCAGAUGUACUGUACCUUUAGCUCCUGUUAGUAUCUGUCCAUACUGAUAUGUCCCUGAGCAAAACACCAACUCUAUGGAGUCACAUUUGUCCCAAAACAUUUCUGCAUAAAAAUAACAUUGUGAAAUGGUUUAGUUGUCUUUAGUCUUGAGAGUUGUAAAAUCUGUCACCAUAUAAGUCAGUUUGUGUGUUGGCAAGAAAACACACAAAAUCACAAUAAGGGGUUAUGAUUCAGGCAUUUUAGGCCGGAACAAUCCCAAAAAAAGCCUGUCAAAUCCUGGAGUUACUGAUAAAGAAGACACACCACAAUCUGCAUAAAAUCUGAGUUUUAAAAAAAGUUAAUUUUUUUAUGCAACAAACCCUUUUCCUCUCCGGCUGUGCAGUAACACGCAGGCACACAAGGUCUAUAAGUGAAGAGGAAGUGGUAGACCAAGGAGUGUCUCGCACAAGAGUCAAAAGAUUUCUGAAACUACUUGACCUACAUGAUAGUCUGUUGUAGGGCUGGUGUCUGUGUGUCUGUUUUGUGUCCUUUCAGAAAGGCAGAGCUUUUUAAAAGUGUUUCUAGAGUUUUUAUUACCUGUGUAUCCAGUAGAGUUUUUAAUCUUUACAGACGGUUGGUUUCCUGAACACAGAUGCUGUUUGGAAGGAACACCAAGCUCCACAUUCACACAAUUGAACAUGUGGUGGCUGCCCAGUACAACCAGUAUGAUCUCUGGGCCAUAGAGCAGCAUAGUUAGGAUGGAGCACAGGAUGCAUUCAGGCACAGCAUAGAGGGUAGGUGAUCCAAAUUUUGCAGAGCUCAUAGCCUGACUCCAUACCACCACCUCCCUGUCUUUGGUGUGUAUUUGCAGUCAGAAUUGACCCUUUCUAAGCCCCGCCCCUUUUUGCUAUGUGCUCCAAUAACAGUUGAGCAAGUCUCGGUCAGAACCUCGGUCAACUUUCUCCUUUCGUUUACUUAGAUAUGCUAUGUAGUAGGCUAAUCUAUGUUGAAAAGACAAGUGCAUUUUAAAGACGGUUGAAAGAUAAAAGUGGAAUUCCCAUCUUAUGUUAGCUAGCUAAUUCACAUCAAUCAUUAGCUAUCUAGUUAGCUAGCAUUUUACUAACAUUAGUUAACAGCUGUAACUAAAUUGAUGUAGAUUAGUUAACUAGCUAGUUAACAAGAGGGGGCCAUAAUUUCAAGGCACGAGCAGGGGGUGGGGGGCAUAUGCACUGAAACAGACGUAUGCCUAUGUUACUGAAGAUGUAGUGAGUAACGAUGCGUAAUCAUGCAUGUGUGUUAGUUUUGCUAAGGCCGCCGCUUACUUCAACCAACUUGUGGCGCGCACACAUUGUGACGUCGUUGAUGAACAAUGGGUGGGAUUAUGUCAAAUCGCAUCGCAGCAGCCGGCAGGAGUGUAGAAGUUUUGAGAAGAAACGCGUACAAUUCCAUAUUUAUUCAUAAAAACAGAAUAUCGGACGGCAGAAGUUACCUGGGGUGGGAUCCCCCUGCCAUAAAAUGCUGAUCACAACAUAGACUUUGAUUAGCUUGCUGUCAAAAACUGUAUUUAUCAAUUUAUCCAGUCAGGGUGAAUAGACGGAAAGGAACUCUGUCCUGUUCUGUCUUCCCCAUCCUUGGGUCAGCCAGCGAACCACAGACCCUAAUUAGGUCUCAUUUAUCUUCUCUUCUCUUCUUCUUUUGUUGUUGUUGCUGUAGUUCAUAUUUUGGUGGUAUAAAUAUAUCAAAUCAAACCAUUUCACAAUCUUGACUGUAUGUACAGCUUGUUUUGGGGGUAUAAUUUAGCUCCAUAGAAACGUGUUGCCAAAUACACACACACACAUCAAUAUACAGACCUUUGAUACCUUACUAAGUAUUGCAGUCAUCUUUAACAUGAUAAUUAUUAGAAUAUUCUACUGAUCUGGAGGAGGGGGUAUUAGCUGUUGCUGGAGGCGAGUGUACAGCUGUAUAUAGGAGCACCUGAUGGGCUGAGUACCAAAACUCGACACACAUGCAGUGCUUUACUUUAACCCCAAAGUGACCGCCAAUGCUCUUGAUUUUAAUUCUUUGUGUUCAGACCGGAGGCUCCUUUAUUGCUCUAUUUUCACAUCUUUUGCACCUGCAACAUAACAGAUUGUCCUUCAUUGGAUAUAUAUAUAUAUAUAUAGAUAUAUAUAAAUAUAUAAAAAGUAUAUAUAUGAACAUAAAGCAGAUUUUUACUUCAACAAGGUGCCACUUCAUGCUGCUGUUUUCUCUUUUUUUUGGGACAGAACUAAGUAUUUUGCAGGAGUUGUGAUUAUUUAUGUGGAGCAGACAGUCUGAAUCUCCUGAUGACACACAGUAUGUGAGCGUUUUGGAUUUUACAGUCUGCUUUUUGUCCCUUUUUAUUUGUUUUGUUUUUUCUCUUUGGUUUACAUUACUUAGAGGAUAUACAGUAAAGAGGCUGAGGAUGCGUCACGGAUGAGACAUUUUGCGUUUGACUCUGUCCUGUAGGUGGUGAUGAAUCGGAGAAUAGCACACGUACGAAGCAAUAAGUAGGACUUUGGAGCUCCAGGAUAUAAAAGACAUUUAAAAGAGAUGUAUAAACUGUAAAAAAAAAAAAAAAAAAAAAAAAAAAAUAGCUUAAUUUAUGUACACACAAAAAAAGAGCGAAUAUUAUAACUAUAAGAGGUUAUUAUUAAUAUUAUUAGGGUCAAUAUGCAAAAAGUUCAUACCCCAUCUGUUUUAUAUCAUGUGAAAUAAAUGUUGAUGUUCUUAAAA